UUCGCUUCGUUUGAAGGCAAGGCACCUGUUUCGCUGUUCCCAACUCCGACCCAUACGUCAACAAUCGACACCGACCUUACUUCGUCAUUCAAGUUUUUUAAUACUUGGCUUCCAGUGUCAACCAAUUGUAUUUGAUCGAUCCUCCCCACUUUCUUUGUCGACGUUUCAAAAUAUGCUUAAUCAGUGAGGGGAUUAUAUAUUUUUUUUCGCCUUCGUUUGUUGUCAAUAUUCGUUGUCAUCGCCAUUGAGAUUGCUCGGCAGAAACUGACUAGUGACGGCUCGACUGACAUUGUCACUGAGGAUCUAUGAACACACUGUAAAAAUCCACUCAUUUCUAAAAAUUGAAACUACCUGUCGGAUUUGUAUUUUUUAAAUUGUUAAUAAUAAAAUGUUGACACCGAUUAAAGUCUACGUCGUUGGUGUCGGAAUGACAAAAUUUUAUAAACCUGGCAAAACGGAUCGAGAUUAUCCCGAUCUUGCCAAAGAAGCCGUUCUCAAAGCAUUGGAUGAUGCUGGAGUUGACAUUUCUGAAGUCAAAUCUUCAUGCGUCGGAUAUGUUUACGGUGAUUCUACAAGUGGUCAAAGAGCUCUCUAUGAAGUUGGCAUGACAGGCAUCCCUAUAUACAAUGUAAACAACAACUGUUCAACUGGUUCGACUGCGUUGAUGAUGGCAAAACAAAUUGUUGAAACGGGUCAAGCAGACUGUGCUUUGGCUCUAGGCUUUGAGAAAAUGGAACCUGGUUCUCUCACAUCCAAAUUUAUGGAUCGGACAAAUCCGAUGGACAAGCAUGUUGAAGCUCUUGCAGAUAUUGCUGGACUCGACGCAAGUCCUAUUACAGCUCAAUUGUUUGGAAAUGCAGGGCUUGAACAUAUGGAAAAAUAUGGUACAAAACCUGAACAUUUAGCCAAAAUCGCUUACAAAAAUCAUAAGCAUUCCACCAAUAAUCCGUAUUCCCAAUUCCAAACAGAAUACUCCUUAGAUGAUAUAAUGAAAUCUCCGACUGUAUUUGGCCCAUUGACUAAAUUGCAGUGCUGUCCUACAUCUGACGGUGCUGCUGCUGCUGUACUUUGUAAUGAAGAUUUUGUCAUCCGCCAUGGAUUGCAGGACAAAGCGGUUGAAAUAGUUGGCAUGGAAAUGGUCACAGAUCUACCUUCUACAUUCCAAGAUAAAAGUUGCAUGAAAAUUGUUGGUUAUGAUAUGACUAAGACAGCUGCAGAAAAAUUGUUUACCAAGAGCGGAUUUUCACCGAAGGAUGUUGAUGUUGUCGAACUCCAUGAUUGUUUUUCUGCUAAUGAAUUAAUUACAUAUGAAGCCUUGGGUUUGUGCCCACCGGGAAAAGCUAGUGAAUUUAUUGACUCUGGAAACAAUACUUAUGGAGGAAGGCAUGUAGUUAACCCUAGCGGAGGUCUAAUAUCAAAAGGACAUCCUUUAGGUGCAACAGGAUUAGCACAGUGUGCAGAAUUGUGUUGGCAACUCCGUGGAGAAUCUGGGCCAAGGCAGGUUUCCAACGCUAAGCUUGCACUACAACACAAUAUUGGACUCGGAGGCGCUGUUGUAGUCGCAUUGUACAGGCUUGGAUUUCCCGAAGUUCAAAGGUCCCGUGUAAGAAUGAACCCCACAAAUGCUGUAGUGUCUGACCCGUCCAUUUUUAAAGUUACCAAGUUGUUUGAAAUUCUCGAAGGUGCGAUGAAAGAAGAUGAAGAUAAUUUGAUUGAAAAAGUCAGAGGCAUAUACUGUUUUAAAGUUAAAAAUAGCACUGGCCAAGAAGGAAUGUGGAUUAUCAAUGCAAAGACGGGCAAAGGCAGUGUAACAUAUAAUGGAAAAGAAAAGCCCGAUGUUACAUUCGUUAUGAAGGACGAAGAUGUUGUCGAUUUAAUAUCUGGAAAACUCAAUCCUCAAAAAGCCUUCUUCCAAGGUAAAAUAAAAAUUCAAGGCAACAUGGGAUUAGCUAUGAAACUGACUGAACUUCAAAAGAGAGCAAGCGGAAAAAUUGAAGCUCUUAAAUCUAAAUUAUAAUUCUUUUAGGAAUUAAAAUGCACUAUUUUAAAAAUUAAAUAUAGAGUUUAUAUCAUUUUUAUACAAUUGUGUUUAUAUAUUAUCUACAAAUGUUUAUUUUUUUAGAGUUAGUAAAAAAAUUGUUUUAUAGUUUAUUAAGGUCAUUGGUGUUACGGUAAUGUUACAAUAAAAUGCAAAGUAUGUAAUAUUA